GGUUUUUCCAGUGACGCGUAGGCUGCGCUGCCGAGCAGUCUGUCUCAGACAAGGGAACGGCUGCACGGACCGUGUGCUCUGCUACAAUCGAGACAAAAGCGAGAGGUCUGUUCGAGGAUAAAGUGUGAUUGUGUCGCUUGGAUUGUGACUAUUCUACUAUAUUUUCACUAAUGGCGAUGUGAUAUGUGAAGUAUUGAUCAGGUCGAUGCUAGCUAGAGCCAUGAGCGGUCUACUGAAGAGGAAGUAUGAGGAGGUCUAUGAUGAGGACCAGUGCUACUCCUCUUCCUCCUCCCUGUCCUCCUCAGCCUACUCCGGAUGGGACUCGGAGGGCGAGAGCUGCUACUCAGACACCCUUGACUCAACACCCAGUAACCCUGGCUCUCCAGACACACAUUACAACAUCAAGUCCAUCCUGAAGAAGGCUAAGUCUGAGCAGGGUGGGCGGGGCAACGUGACCUUUGACACGGCGACAGUGUUCCUCUUCCCGCGGUGCCAGGGCUUCAGCAGCGUGCCCAGUAGAGGGGGCUGUUCCCUGGGCAUGAUGCAGCGCCACAGCGCCCUCCGCAGGUACACCCUGGAUGAGUACGCUGUGGAGCAACGUAUCCUCCGUCGGGAGAAACUCCUCAACCGCCUCCGAGAGGAGAAACUGGAUGCUCUCAAACAGAAGCUGACUAAGGGAGGCACGGUGGAGUCAGAGGAGGCUGACCGCCUCAUCAUCGAAGACAUCCCGGAGGACGAGAUGGACAUUAGCAGCUGUAACCUAGACGACGGCUCCUUCCUCCACCCCUACCCCUCCAAGAGGAGACAAGCCCUGCUGAAGGCUGCGGGGGUGAAGAUGGAUAAGGAGGAGAAGAGGAAGCUCCAGCAGCUGAGAGUGUCCAGGGAGGACUGUGGUUGUGACUGUCAGGGCUUCUGUGAGCCAGAGACCUGCGCCUGCAGCCUGGCAGGCAUCAAGUGUCAGAUGGACCACUCGUCAUUUCCCUGCGGCUGCACUAAGGAUGGCUGCUGUAACCUGGAAGGGCGUAUAGAGUUCAACUCCAGCCGGGUUCAGACCCACUACAUCCACACCAUCAUGAAGCUAGAGCUGGAGAAGAGACUGGAGGAGACGCCAGGACCAGAGGAAGAGGACCUGGGAGAGACCGCCCCAGCCCACAACCCCCUGUCCGACCUCCCCUCCAUCACAGACCGCCCCUCCUUCCACUUCAGUUCAACGCUGGCGGCGGUCGGGGAGAACAGCUGUAGUAGCGACAUGACCGACUCCUCUGCCUCCUCUGGGGGGAGUGAAUACUGGGAGGAAGGGGCGGAGUUAGGGCGGCGCUCCCGGGAGGACGGCCCCCUGCUGGAUGAGAACGGACUGAGCCGCAUCCUCAGCUUCAGCGACAUCGACGACAACGACGACUACAAUGUAAAUAACCGCGUUGUCAAUGACAUCCGCUGCUGCCCCGAGCAACGUCUACAGCAACAGCCGUGGAUGUUGACAGGGUUUAGCACGGCAGACUUCCCAGAGGAUAAUGACAAUCUAGAGGUGCACAGAGACAACCGGGCCAUGGCCGUAUCACAACUGUUAGAUGAUACCGCUAACCAAGGCAACGCUCUGUUCCACCACAGUGGCUGCAGUGUCCCCAAUGUGCCCUCUUCCUCAGUAGACUGCCCCAACACCCCCUCUUCCUCAGUAGACUGCCCCAACACCCCCUCUUCCUCAGUAGACUGCCCCAACACCCCCUCUUCCUCCGUAGACUAUGGCACCGCUGCCAGCUACAUGGACCCCAGCCUGUCCUCAGAGUCUGACAUGGAGUUCUUUGAUGGUUUCUGUCUGGGUCCUUCCUCCCUCUACAAGUCCCUAAAGGAGUACCAACACAUGGACACCUUCUUUCACUUCCAGUUGCCUAGUUACCCCAGCAGCCAAUCACAGGCCAGCGACCCUGGGGCCUGCCUCCUGGAGUCUCUGAUUGGUCUGUCAGAAUCUGUCCCAGAACCCCCUGCAACGUUCAGACAAUCAAGUGUUUGGAGGAAGCCGUCAGGGGUUAACUAACCGGAACUGAACUGCCACCUGUGUUCUGGGCUAUGUAGUGAAUUAUGGGGGACGGUAGUCCGUGUAGACAGACUGCUGUUGGAGGAAGCUAUCUAUUCUUAAUGAGAUUCUGUACUUGCCUUCCAAAUGUUAGCAAAAGCAGUUGGGAUUUAUUGCUGUAUGAAAUGGCAGCGAACAUUUCAUUUGAAAAAGAAGAAAGUGAGACUUAACAUAAAAGUGAACGCUCGAUUGUGUAAUCUGAGUCAUGUAUCUGUGACACUGAUGCCGUGUGUUGGAGCCAAGCCUGCCCCUCCACACUGACACAACACAGAGGGUAACUGAUGCCGUGUGUUGGAGCCAAGCCUGCCCCUCCACACUGACACAACACAGAGGGUAACUGAUGCCGUGUGUUGGAGCCAAGCCUGCCCCUCCACACUGACACAACACAGAGGGUAACUGAUGCCGUGUGUUGGAGCCAAGCCUGCCCCUCCACACUGACACAACACAGAGGGUAACUGAUGCCGUGUGUUGGAGCCAAGCCUGCCCCUCCACACUGACACAACACAGAGGGUAACUGAUGCCGUGUGUUGGAGCCAAGCCUGCCCCUCCACACUGACACAACACAGAGGGUAACUGAUGCCGUGUGUUGGAGCCAAGCCUGCCCCUCCACACUGACACAACACAGAGGGUAACUGAUGCCGUGUGUUGGCGCCAAGCCUGCCCCUCCACACUGACACAACACAGAGGGUAACUGGUGCCGUGUGUUGGAGCCAAGCCUGCCCCUCCACACUGACACAACACAGAGGGUAACUGAUGCCGUGUGUUGGAGCCAAGCCUGCCCCUCCACACUGACACAACACAGAGGGUAACUGAUGCCGUGUGUUGGAGCCAAGCCUGCCCCUCCACACUGACACAACACAGAGGGUAACUGAUGCCGUGUGUUGGCGCCAAGCCUGCCCCUCCACACUGACACAACACAGAGGGUAACUGAUGCCGUGUGUUGGAGCCAAGCCUGCCCCUCCACACUGACACAACACAGAGGGUAACUGAUGCCGUGUGUUGGAGCCAAGCCUGCCCCUCCACACUGACACAACACAGAGGGUAACUGAUGCCGUGUGUUGGAGCCAAGCCUGCCCCUCCACACUGACACAACACAGAGGGUAACUGAUGCCGUGUGUUGGAGCCAAGCCUGCCCCUCCACACUGACACAACACAGAGGGUAACUGAUGCCGUGUGUUGGAGCCAAGCCUGCCCCUCCACACUGACACAACACAGAGGGUAACUGGUGCCGUGUGUUGGAGCCAAGCCUGCCCCUCCACACUGACACAACACAGAGGGUAACUGAUGCCGUGUGUUGGAGCCAAGCCUGCCCCUCCACACUGACACAACACAGAGGGUAACUGAUGCCGUGUGUUGGAGCCAAGCCUGCCCCUCCACACUGACACAACACAGAGGGUAACUGAUGCCGUGUGUUGGAGCCAAGCCUGCCCCUCCACACUGACACAACACAGAGGGUAACUGAUGCCGUGUGUUGGAGCCAAGCCUGCCCCUCCACACUGACACAACACAGAGGGUAACUGAUGCCGUGUGUUGGAGCCAAGCCUGCCCCUCCACACUGACACAACCCAGAGGGUAACUGAUGCCGUGUGUUGGAGCCAAGCCUGCCCCUCCACACUGACACAACACAGAGGGUAACUGGUGCUAGUUGCUGUUCUGUUUGGGGAUAUACGACCUGUAAUAUGGUCAAUGAAUCUUUAAACGUUGCUGAAUGUCAACCUCAGGGACUCUUUCUAGCUUUAGGAGGCAGACCGUUUUGUCCAUUGAAGCACUGUGGUGGGUGUUGCUUUUACACACACACACACACACACACACACACACACACACACACACACACACACACACACACACACACACACACACACACACACACA